CAUGGCCAAGAAGAACCUCGCCUCCGCCCUCGCCGGCCAGAAGGCCCGCGCCGCCGCACGCGCCAAGCAGGCGGUCAUCGACGAGGCUCUCAGCCGGAAGGCCGCCAGCAUCGGCGCCGCCGCGCGCAAGCAGGGCGCCGCCAAGCGCGCGCCGACCGGCGAGGCAGCGCCGCUCGAGGGUGCUGGCGACGGCGACGACGAGAGCGCAGCCGCCGCUCCGGCUGCGCUCGACAAGGGCAAGCGCCGGCAGCCGCGCGCUUUUGAGCGCGACGACGCCGUGCUGCUCGUCGGCGAGGGCAACUUCAGCUUCACGCUCGCGCUCCUCUCGCCGCCGCACGCCCACCCGCCGCACCUCGUCACCGCCACGGCGCUCGACAGCGAGGCCGAGUGCUGCGCCAAGUACCCCGACGCCGCCGCACACGUGGCGCGCAUCCGCGAGAUCGCCGGCCGCGACGACGUCGUCGUCUUUGGCGUCGACGCCGGCAACCUGCAGGCCAGCAAGGCCGUCUGCGGCACGCCGGCGGCCGAGCGCCGCUACAGCAAGGUGUGGUGGGGCUUUCCGCACUGUGGCGCCGGGCACAAGGACGAGUCGCGCAACGUGCUGGCGAACCAGCUGCAGAUCCUGCGCUUCCUCGUCUCCGUCGCGCCGCUGCUCAGCCGCGGGCCCAAGCCGGCGUACGCCUCAAAGGCGACGGCAAAGGACCGGCGCCGCAAGCGCGAUGCCGAGGAGGCUGACCUCGACUUUGAGGCACCGAGCGCGGAUGAGGACGAGGCGGGCGUGAGCGACCUGUCCGAGGCCGAGGACGAGGCGGAGCAGGCGCUGGCGGGCUCGAGCAGCAGCAGUGCCAUCAAGCGGCCCUUUGUGGCGCCGCCGCGCGCCGGCUCGGUGCUCAUCACACUGCGCAACACGACGCCCUACACGCUGUGGGACGUGCCGCUGCUCGCCAAGCGCCUGCCGCUCGUGCUGCCGGCCAUCGCCAAGUCGGCGCCAGCGCUGCCGCGCGGACAGAAGGCGCCCACCAUCGCCGACGUCACGGCCACGUUUGGCGCGCGCCGCUAUGCGCUCUGGCGCAGCUUUGAGUUCGAGCCCGACGAAUGGCCCGGCUACGAGCAUCGCCGCACCGUCGGCUGGAUCGACGGCGUGAGCAAGGGCGCAAACGAGGACCUGCGCCGCCGUCCUGCGCCGGCCGCACCGACACCGCCGACACCCGGCGUGCCGGGACGCGGCAAGGGCUGGAAGGAGGGCAAGGCAGGCGGCGGCGCGGCACAGAAGGAGCGCGCAUCGAAAGCGGCGGGCGGCGAGUGCCGCACCUGGGAGUUCGGCACCGAGAGCGGCGUACACGACUCGGCGAGCGGCGGCGGCAUGGGCGGCAAGGGGGUGAAGCGACGCAAGUAGACACGGACACAGCAUGCUCUUGAUAAUUGCAUUCCUCUCCAGCACAAAGAGCGGCUCAGCCUAGCCGGCUGAUGUCGGCGCUGGUGGCCUUGCCGUCGAGCAACAGCUCCUGCAGCACCUUGCCCGUGCCCACUGGGUGUGCCGGAUGGUCAGCGUGGCUGCACCGACACGAGCCUCGUCGCUACUCACAGCCAAGCGUAAUGCCCCAGCACGAGUGUCCCGCAGCGACGGCGAGGCCGCUGGGCCCGUCGUAUGCCACGACGGGGUUGCCCGUGCCGCUCGAG